AGAUAGAUCUAUCGCAGACUAGGUAUAUCGAUAUAGUCUGUGGCAGAUCUAUCUCAGUCCGUGGCCAUAGACAAUAAAAAAUAGAUCGUAGUUUAUAGAUCUAGAUAAUGCUAGUGGGCUUUAAUCUAUCGAUAUAAUCACUGAACAUUCUUAUCCUUAUGCCUAUAUUUUUCGUAUUAUACAAAGUUCACUGUUAUCCGUUAUCAGAAAUAUUUUAUUUCAGUGUAACACUGUUUGGUUUUGUAGUUAGUAAACAAAUUUAUUGUUCAUAUUUGAUUUUUUCAUUUGUUCUACUUCGACUUCACGGUUUGUCAGUUGUCACAACUUCUACGUUUAGCACUUCGUUAUAACUUGUAACUUAUUUUUGAAAUUAUUUUGGUUUUUUACUUAUACUUUUAGUUGUUUAAAUAUAUUUAAAGUGCCGCGAAUUUUGGUUAGCCAAAUUGACACACGUUACUUUCUAUUUUAUUGUACAUUAUUGAAAUUAGGUUUAAAUAUGUGCGUUGAUUGGAUAUUUUAGACCAAUGUAUUACGAAUCUAUUAAGUAAUAAUUCUGGAUUUCUAACGAUGUCUACUGCUACAAGUAGUGAUAAUUCAGACAUUGCUAGCAGAAUUCCAAAAAUAGCUGAUAAAUUUGAAGAGAGCGGAUCCAACAUUUUAGUACGUAAAAUUGUGUCUACUGAAAACAAUUUAGACGAUCCAUACGAUAAGAAAAAACUUUCUGUGAUAUCUACCUCAUCAUCCAGUAGUUCUUCAGAUUCAAAUAGUUCAGAUUCUGAGACUGACAAUAGUUCAGACUUGGACGAAGAAGAGAACGAUAGAGCAGAGAAGAAGCUUCGAGAACAAUUACAAACUAUUGAAACAGAAUUUUAUGUAACAAAAGAAAUGUUGUUUAUUGAAAGAAUAAAAGACAUUGAUGAGAAAUUAGUUGAAGUAAAAUUGGGUACAGCUAAAGAAUAUCGUAUACCUUUACAAGAAUUACAAGAUCAAAUGAAAUCUCGACUUGAAGUAGCUACUGUUUUGAGACAGUUCAAAUUAACAAAUCUAAAACAUAAAUACGAAGCAGAAGAACAAGCAAUAAGACAAAACUUUGAGAAUAAUAAGGAAAUUUUGUAUGAUUCUAUAAAAGCUGAUUUAGAAGAAAAAAUUCAGCGAUUAGAAGAAGCACGUAAUGAAGUAGAUAUAGAUGCUUCUCUUUGGUUAGGCCGUAGUUUAACACGCAGUGGACGUGGACGUGGAAGGCGACCCUAUGGUCAUGUACAACCCAAGCGGAAACCAGUUAUUGUAUCUGGCCCAUGUAUAGUCUACAACCUUAAAGAACAUGAAAUACUUGAAGAUUGGACUACAAUUAAAAAAUUGUUAUCAUCGUCAAAACGAAGAGAAAUUGCAGAGCAACGAUAUAGACCAUAUGAUUAAAGAAACAAGGUAUUUCAGAAAGUUCCUUUGUUUAUAUUUUAAGUAGGAAUUAUAUCAAAAUUUAACUUAUGUACUAAUUUAACAAGUCCAGAUUCUAUAUAUUGUCCCUUAUUUUACACUUAGACCUUAAAUUCAAAUCAUUCAAUAUAAAUAUGGUUGGUAUCUCUAUUAAUGUCAAGUUAUUGAUUGCCAAUAAUUAUGAUUCUGCUUUACCUAACCAAAUAAAUAUUAGAAUGAUUUAAAAAGGGGUUUGUAUUUAAAUUAAAAAACUCAUA